AUGGAUGAAGAAAAGCAGCAACUUGCUAAAGGUCUCCUCGUUAACCAAGACGAACCUCGGAACGCGUGCCGUGGCACGACACGAUUCGCGUCUGGAUGGAAAGCUCUAGCGGCGUUGGUGGUCAUAACUUACACCUCAUACACCGCAGUCAGUCUCUGGAACGUCGGCAGCGCAAGACUGGGUGGACAUCCACCUCGCCGACAUUUGCUUUUUGGACGUGAAGCGGAGAAGGUGUUCCUAUCAGUCCCAAAUGAGGCCAGUGCUAUCAUAGCCUCCCGGCUUUUCGCUACGAAACCCCACUUGGCUGGUGCACCUCAGGAUUUACAGACGGCGAAAGACUUCCUUGCAGUCCUCCAGCGAGAACUCGGGAUCGCGCCACCUACCCCAGAACCCUUGUUCUCUGCGGGUUCUGAGGCAUCUCGUCACGCAACGGAGUCGAUCACGAAGCUGAAGAAACCAGCGGCAUGGAUUGAUACGUAUUAUCCGGUGAUGAACACACCGUUGGAGAGGGAGCUCGUCGUCGUCGCGAAGAAUGGGACAAUCGUGUGGAAAGCUGACUUGGUGGAAGAGGCGGACGCGACGGAUCCUGAGGCACAUUUGUAUGCUGAUGCUGUACCUACCUUCCAUGGUCUGAGUCCCGAGGGCACGGCCGUAGGACAGCUUGUUUAUGCCAACUACGGCACGCAGGAGGACUACAAUGAACUAGUCAACCAAGGUGUCAACCUUACGGGUUCUAUAGUCAUAUGUCGGUAUGGGGGCAUAUUUCGAGGCCUGAAGGUUAAAGGCGCGCAAGAACUUGGGGCCGCGGGCGUGGUUAUCUACUCAGAUCCUCGCGACGAUGGUACGGUUACCGAAGAAAAUGGAUAUAAAGCAUAUCCUCACGGCCCAGCCAGAAGUGUAACCUCCGUUCAGCGGGGUUCAGUUCAAUAUUUGUCUAUAUACCCAGGAGAUCCGACCACGCCUGGUUAUCCCUCGUACGAAAACAGCACAAGAACAGAAGGUUCCAACAUCCCCAAGAUCCCGAGCUUGCCAAUUUCUUGGGCAAAUGCGAAAGUUUUGAAAGAAAAUCUUGAUAAGGGGGGAAGUUGGGAGGGUAUGGACGUGAAACUCGUCAACAAAGUGGACAAGAAGGUGACUCCCAUAUGGAACACUAUGGGCGUGAUUCCGGGCUUCAUUCCUAAUGAAAUCAUAUUGCCUGAUCUCAAGGUUAUUGUAGCUUGGGUCAUGGGCGCGACGGACCCCAGUAGUGGAACAGCGUCUGUCCACGAAGUCAUCCGAGGGUUUGGUGAGCUACUACGAAGGGGCUGGAAGCCUCUGCGGACUAUCGUUAUCGCAAGUUGGGACGCAGAAGAGUACGGCUUAAUUGGCUCCACUGAAUACGGCGAGGAUUUUGCGAGUUGGUUAGGCGAGAACGUUGUCGCCUAUCUAAACCUUGACUCUUCUGUUUCUGGGUCGCGAUUCUCUGUAUCUGGUUCACCUUCACUCGCACAUCUUAUCAGACAGACAGCUGAGGAGCUUCCUCACCCGACUGAAGCCGGGCGGUCUCUGUGGAGUGCUACAUCCGAUUCCGGGAAGCUAUUCGGUUUGAAUGCGAGUUCGGGAGCUGUUUCCAAUGAUAUCCGCGAAGGAGAGAUCACUUCGACCGCGCCAAUUGGCGUCAACCCGUUGGGGUCUGGUAGCGAUUACACUGUGUUUCUUCAAUGGAUUGGGAUCCCCUGUGGCAACGGCGGGUUCAGUUCUACUCUCCAUGACCCGGUAUACCAUUAUCAUUCCGUCUUUGACUCAGAGAGAUGGCAGGAACUCUACGGAGACCCAGGUUUCUUCCGCCAUGUGGCCGUCUCGAAACACCUGGGCUUACAGGCUCUAAGGUUGUCGAGCUCCCUAGUUCUUCCGUUCAACACCACGCACUACGUCGAGGAGCUCGAUCGCUAUCUUGACGGGGUGGUAGAUAUCGCCGCAUCUUUGUCCAUCGACCUCGAUGUAUCUCCCCUCAGGUCGUCUAUCCAUAAGUUGAGGAUAACUAGUGUCGGCCUCGACUUGGAGAAGCACGCCGCACAGCGCGAAUUUGUGAAGUGGCUCAAGGUGGUGAUGAAGUGGAGGUCAAGAAGAACAGUCCGACGGGUGAUAUGUCGUAUUGUGGGGAGAUUUGGAUUCAAGUGUCCCUCCCGCGAUGCUACUGACACCGAUACUGUUACCGAGGAGGAGCAACUUCCCGAUAACGUCCUCUUGGGUUUGGCCAGACACAGUGGACACUCGGUUUGUCCUCAUUUCCUCCGCAAGAACCCGCUUCGUGAACUGCGGGCGGCGGCUAAACGAGUGUAUACCGUUAAUAAAAAGCUGUCCGCGUUCGAGCGUGGCUUCCUAUCGGAGGAGGGUAUCAAGGACCGUGAAUGGUACAAGCAUCUCGCUGUAGCGCCAGGGAAGUGGCUAGGCUAUGGAGCUACGACACUUCCCGGCCUGACGGAAGCUCUCACCUUUGAGAAAAACGCAACGCUCGCGGAGUAUGAGGUGAACCGUCUGGUCACACUGUUGGACCAACUCGCAGAGAAGAUACGAGUAUAA